UCGGAGGAGGCAUGGAUGUGGCGGGCUGUGUUUAUAAUUUUAUUUAUUUAUAUAUUUAAUUUUAUUUAUGGAUGUGGCGGACUGUGUUUAUAAUUUUAUUUAUAUAUUUAAUUUUAUUUAUGGAUGUGGCAGACUGUGUUUAUAAUUUUAUUGAAAGUUUUAAAAAGGAAGACAAUUACCAGUACAAACUAAUAUAAAAUAAGGUAGAAAAAAGAAAAAGAAUCAAAGAGAAAGCUAAAAGUGCAAGCAAGGGGGAAAAAUAACAGAAAAAUAGAAAAGAAAGAAAAAAGAUAUGAAGAAGUGGCUUCUGAUAUUCUUUACAGCAGUUAUAAGUACAAUUACAAAUUUACCUCUUUCUCUAAAGUUACAACAUGUCUCUCUUCUUUCUGUAAUCUAUCCUGUCUAAUCAUCCUGUCUAAUCAUCAUAUAUCAUAAGCAUAAAACAGAAAAAAAUGAACUUACGAUUUAUGGUUUUGACCAUUUGAUUGAUACUUUAUCAUCUGUUUUUUAACUUGGAGAUUCUUCAGAGAAGGGAUUAUCAGAAAAAAAGUGGGAGGGAGAAGAAAUAAUUUAUUAUUACACUACACCCUUUUUGUCAUCCUGGGAAAACAAGAGGAAGAGAUUUUUCAUCCUAAUUUUCAAUUUUAGCGCCUACCUCGAGGAGCGUAUAAAUACCCAGCUGCAUUCUCUUCACAGUUUUCUUUGUCCCCAACCGGUUUCAUUUUGCAGAGAUUCUGGGAUUCACCAUUUUAGGCCCAAGAUUUCUUUUCCCCUCCCGUUGUUCCUGUUGAGUUCCAGUCACAGCUUUGUUACACCCUUAUGAAAUAACAAAAGGAAGGUUUGAGUAUAUCACUAAGAUCCACUUUUCCUCCCCUCCCCAGGACUUAUCCCCAGGGGACUGGUAUGAUGGGUUGCACCAGCUAGGACCUGCCUUUGAUUUAUCCCCACAGCCCUACUUGGUUCAAUGAAUUAAGAAUUAGGCAGUUAACUCUGUAAAUCUUCAGCACAGAGGGAUUAAGGAGCAAAUAUUUUAAUCUGAUUAGGAAGAAAUGGAAUUGGAUUUUAGUUACUAGAGCUGCCUUCCACUCUGCUACCUACAAAAUAGCUUGCUGCCCUGAGAUCUCUCACCCAACUUAUUCUCCUGACUGGAGGCUUGGCUGGUACAGAGCAGAGGUGUGUAUAUUUGGUGAUGGAUAGAUAGAAAUAUAGAUAUAUAGGUACAGAUAUAGAUAUAGCAGUCACAGUCCCUUCACUGUGAGGUAUUUCUGUCUAUCCAGGUUUUUGAAACCAGUUAUGCUAAAGCAAAUUAAAGGAGGUGGGUCUGAAGUUGGAAGCAAGAGGUUGCAGGCAAUGGUGUGGUAGUAAUUGCUGUGGACUUUCUAUCCAACAGACCAAACCAGAAAAGACACUUCUUCUCCUUUGAAGGGAGAGUCAGUCUCUCUGUCUCCCUAAAUUUGUCUGUGUCUUCUCAGAUGAGGAAAUUGCAUCCUCAGACAUAAUAUUUUUGGUUUGCCAGCUGGGACGUUGUAGUCCCAACACAUCCGAAGGGCACCAGGUUGGGGAAAGUUGGGAAAUUAGACUGUAGUCUUCUACAGUCUGUAGAACUGUAGUCUAUAGCCCAGGAUAGAUGCUGUUUGUUGGCAUUUGUUUCUUUAAGAGUUUGUUGCUAGGGUCCAGGGAGAACCUGGGAAUGUCACAGCCCAUAGAGAUGCUAAAACCGAGCACAUGUGUACCUACUCAGUCCUUUGUGUUAUGGAUUUCUGGAAUACCAUGUAACAGUCCAUGCAUAUCCACAGUAGGCAUGUGUGCACUUUGCACCCAAUUUUCUUGAUAUCAGUGGUGAUUGGAACAAGUUGGGCAAAUUAAUAUAGGAUUGCAUACCUGUCCCUGGGAUGUAACAGUAAUGUUGGCAGCCAACAGAGGCAUCUUCCUCUUUAUUCUGCUUUCUUCCCACUGCAGGCUACGUGACGCAUCCUCACUUGCAGUCUUCCAUUUCUGACAGCCAGAUGUCAUGGGGAUAUUGGGCUCCAAGAGUUCCUUCCUGGCUUUCCUCCUAGGAUUCAUUUCUGGCUUUUUCAGCAUCUUCUACCUUGUGCAAAACCCAGUGUGGGAGGAAUCCCUGCGUCUUGGCAUCCAGAUACCACAGGGUUCCAAGGAUCUUGAAAGGAUGAUUGCUAAAUCAGCUCUUGUCAGUUUGGCACACCCACACCGGGCAGGUGAGGAGAGCAGUGUGGCAGAUGAGCUGUAUGACAAGGUGCGGAUUCUGUGCUGGGUGAUGACAGGCCCCCAAAACUUGGAGAAGAAAGCCCUCCACGUCAAGGCCACUUGGUCCCGUCAUUGCAACGUGGUCAUUUUCAUGAGUUCAGUGGAAGACAAAAACUUUCCCACUGUAGGGCUGGGUACCAAGGAAGGCCGGGACCAGCUCUACUGGAAAACUAUCCGGGCUUUCCAUUAUGUACAUCAGCAUCACUUGGAGCAGGCCGACUGGUUCCUCAAGGCCGACGAUGAUACCUUUGUGGUGCUUGACAACCUCCGGUGGCUGCUGUCCAACUACACACCCGACAGGCCCAUCUAUUUUGGAAAGCGCUUCCGGCCCUUUGCCAAGCAAGGCUAUAUGAGUGGCGGUGCAGGCUACAUCCUGAGCAAGGAGGCCCUGCAGCGCUUCAUUGUUGGCUUUGACACCAAGGUCUGCAGCCACUCGUCUUCAGUGGAGGACCUGGCUCUGGGCCAGUGCAUGGAGAAGAUGGGCGUGGAGGCUGGUGACUCCCGGGACACAAGAAAGAUGGAGACCUUCCACCCUUUUGUGCCUGAGCAGCACUUGACAGGGAAGGUCCAAAAAAACUCCUGGUACUGGAGCUAUUGCUAUUAUCCUAUUGUGGAGGGACCUCGGUGCUGCUCUGACCUGGCUGUCUCUUUCCACUACGUGAACUCAGAGUUGAUGUACACCCUGGAAUAUCUCACCUACCAUCUGCGUGCCUACGGUUACCGCUACCGCUACCAUCCACCUUUGCCUGAGAAUGCCGCUCACCUUCAGCCCCACCCACCCUUGGGAAAAGUGCCUAGGAGGAGCAGCAACACCACUGUGCAGGCCAAGAUGUAAGGACUGAGGCUUGGCAUGCAAUUUUAGAGCAAACCGGUCCAGCUGUAGGUGGUGAGGCUUGUUGGUGCCUCAGUCCUGCUGGCCUGUGUGGUCUUUAGCACAUUUUGAAGUAAGGCACCCUCUUCCUAGAACAGACCAGAAUGAAUAUGCCCUAAGAAAGGAUGAUUUUCUCAACCCCAAACCUCUAUAUGUGCACGUGCACACUAGCCAAGUGAGAGGAUGUUAUCAGAGAAGCCUUUUUUUGUUGUUGUUCUUAUAAGGGUGGAGGAGAAAGCAGAAUUUGGCCAAGCAUGAUGCUGUUUUUUCCCCAUUCCUUCUUUGCCUUUAUUUCUGAUGCAAACCAGACAGUCCCAUGGCCUUGCGCAUGAUGUGAGCCGGGUGAAAAAGCUGAGGGCUUGGCCACAGAAUGUGCUUCUUAGGCAGUGGGGCAGGAUUUCCUGGUUCUGGAGUGAUGGGGAAGAAGGCUGCAAAGAUGCUUAGUAGGAAUGUCUUGGAAGGUGGAAUAGUUUCAUGUCCCCCCAUCCAAAUACGAUUGCAGAGUGAGCAAGAGGUAUCGUACAAUAGCCAGUGUUUGGCUACUGGAAAAAAGUAAGAAUUAUGUCUGGACACUGGGUGACAGAUAGAAAAGUGUGGAGUCCUCGGUGCUCUCUGAUAGAUA